UCUUGAACUCUUCACUUCUAACAAAACCGCCUCUACAUCUAGUCGAUAGUCCUGUCUGCCCUGUCCUAUCCACAACCACGGGGUCCGUUCAGUUUCUCUUUAGUCUUCAGUCAUCAUCACGCAGGCGUACACCUCGCACUCUCAAACGUUCCCGCGUAAUUUUUUAUAUUUUAAUUACUAAUAUCUACAGUUUUUUUUUAUUAUUUUGUGAAUUUUCAAUUUUUUUUUUGUGAAAUUAUUUUUUUUUACUGACAAUGAAGAAAUUAUUUUUAAGUACUUGUCUAUUUUUAUUUCUGGAUUUAACAGUGACAACACCAGCAAUAGGAUCAUUGAAAUUAAAUGACGAGUGCACGCGAGAUAAAAACUGUGAGAACAUUGAGAACAGCCGUUGUCAUUUGGGAUACUGUCGCUGUCAACCCUUUUACGCUGCAUACAAUGAAACUCGCUGUGUUGAAUCAACGUUGUUAGGAAAUGAUUGCUAUGUUUCGGAGCAAUGUUCAAUGAAAGUUGCAAAAAGUGCUUGUUUAGAUGGAGUUUGUCGAUGUGAAGACGGAUAUUUACAAUUUAGAAGGCAUACAUGUUUGACACCCGCAAAACCAGGGCAAGUUUGUUACAGCCACGAUCACUGUCGUCUUUGGGACAGCGACACACACUGUGACUUUUUAAUUCCCGACUUGUUCGGUCGCUGUCAGUGUACCGCGCCAAUGAAACGUGACGGGGAAAUUUGCCGCCCAAACAAUCUCGUUAUCCCCCCAGUUAAUUCAUCAAAUAAUCCCACGAGCAGUCCAAACAAUUUCUUCGACGAUUCAACGCAAAUGGACUCAGACAGUGCUUUCAGCCAAGGAAACCAACCAGAAAGCAAUAACGAUACCGGUGUACAGAUUUCAUGGCUGAAAAAUGCAACGCGUUUAUUAUCAACAUCUGUGACGCCACGAUUGCCAAUAAAUUUAGUGACACAUCCAAUGUAUCGCACACCGCGGCCUCAUCAUGAAGACACUAAUGAGUUACCAGAAGAUAAUGACGCAGUAAUAAUUGACGCUGAUACGAUAACUGAAUUAAUUCAAACAACAACACCCGCGGUACCAACGAAAGCAGACCGUCAUGAAACAACAACUUCGACUGCAGUAAGUCUUGGACUUGCUUGCAAAAAUGAUCUUGAGUGUCGUAUGGCAGAUGCACAUUCGCGUUGCAUAGACGGAGUGUGCGACUGUGCUAUUCGUGGAAACGGAAGCUUACCAUGUGGUGCAAAAAGAACAGGAUGUCCAGUUGGUACAUUUCAGUGUCGCGGAUCUGGUACUUGCAUCAGUUGGUUCUUUGUCUGCGAUGGGAGACCCGAUUGUGGUGAUGGUUCUGACGAGGAAUGCGCUACCGACCAGUGUCCAAAUCAAGCGUUUAGUUGUAAAAAAAGCAAAGUAUGUAUUUCAAAGGCUGGCCAGUGCGAUGGCAGAAUUGACUGUCCUAAUGGAGAAGACGAGGAGGGCUGCAAAAAUCGACGACGAUGUCCUGAAGGGAGCUUCCGUUGUAAUAGCGGACAAUGUUUACCGGCAUAUGAAUUUUGUAAUGCUGUAGUGUCGUGUCGCGAUGGAAGCGAUGAGCCACGUGGUGCGUGUCGCACUCGUUAUCGCGGACGUCUUUCAGCAAGAAACUGUCCAUUUAGGUGUGCUAAUGGCCAGUGUAGAUCAGACGCUAUUACUUGCAGUGGACGUGAUGGAUGCGGUGAUAAUUCUGAUGAAAUUAAUUGCUCUGUUUGCAAAUGUCCAGCAGUCGCAUAAACUUUCAAAUAAACGGACUAUUUAUUUUUUAUUUAACAUGCCAACGCGCAUAUAAAGAAGACAAGUAAUAUUUUUUUUUACUCCAUGAUUUGGUAAAUAUGUAUAUGUGCAAUUAGCACGUAUGACCAAAGAUAUUAAAUCGAUUCAUUAACCAGACAAAGAAUCUCCAAUUUACGUAUUUUUAUAAAAAAUUAAUAAUAAAUACAAAUUAGUUUUAAUCUAUUUUUUAUUAUACUUAAAAUGUAUAUUUAAGGAUAUAUUAGUUAUAUUUUUUAUACAUUAUAAAUCAUAAAUUUUCAUAUAAAAAACUUAUUUCAAUUUAUGACUGAAAUAAAUAACCUUACAUUCAAGAUAAAAAAACUAUAAAUUGUGUGCAUAAAUUUUAUCGAUUAUUUCCUGAACUGUUUUCAAAAAUUUUUCUCUCGAUAUCAAUAAAUAAUAAAUAAAAUUUUUCUCUCCAUAAAAAUAAAUAAGUGGCAACGUCUAUCCAUAUUAAUUUUAGUGUUUAUUGCGACCUACGUCAUCUAUUUCGACUGACAACUAUUUUUAUACAUUUAUAUUUUAUAAAUAAUGUUAAGCAAUACUUAUAUAUAUAUAUAACAACUAUUUUUAAUUAUUCAUAGAAAAUAUAAGCAGUGUAAAGAUUAUAUAAUUUAAAUAAAUAAAUCAAUAAAAUUAAUAUUUAUAAGAAUAAAAAUUUAUUUUUUUACUGAUGAUUUUAUUUUUUAAAUUUCACUUGAAUUGAAAAAAAUUUUCAAUUCAAAAAUUUUAGCGAAUGAAAACAAUUUAAUAAAUAUUAAAUUAUUACAAAUCUUUAGCGCAAACAUAAAAUGUCAGUUAAAGGUCACCAAGAAAGUAAAGAAUAGAAGUAAACAAUCGAUAGCGAUCUAUAUAUAAACUAUUAUUAAGGAAAUAUAUGAUAUAUAAUGCUGCAAUUGCAGAAUAACAGAAUAUUUUUUUUUUAAAUUAACACUAGACUAUGGGUUAGAACAACAUUUUACACAAAUUUUUGUUACUUUGACAUUUAUCACACGUGUAAAAAAAAUAACACAAAAAAAUGUCAAUACUUUCUGCUAUCGGUUCUAAAAAUUUAAACAUUCAAAUGUUAUCUGCAACACACGUGAAGUGCUGAUUUAACACUUGUGUUAUUUUGAUAUUUAUAAAAAUAUAUAUAGAUAUAUAUAAGCUUAACAAGUGACUACGGUAAAUUUCACACAUUCUUUGUGUAACUUUAAUAAAUUAACACACGCGCUGUGUUAAAAUUACAUUUUAAAAGUGUUAAAACUGUAUGCCCUGGUGGAAAUUUUUCGGAAUUUUCUCUGAAAAACUCAGUUCUAAAAUUCUAAAGAGUUUUUCCGAGUUAUUCAGAGAAAAGUCCGAAAAAUUUCCACCAGGGUGUGAACAGUAUCAUGGAGUAAAAAUUACUUUUGUUUCAAUUAACAUUUUUUUGUGUUAAAAAUGAACUGAUAAAAUAACACACAAGCAGUAUGUUAAAUUAACACACAAAAAUGUUAAAUAUUUAAAAUAUACUUUUCUUCACACAAAUACGAAAAAUUAACUGUAUAGAAAAUUAUAGAUUUGAAUAGAGAGAGAGUACAAGUGCCGUUUUUGGCCACUUGGAAAAUUUAAAUAAAAUAAUUUUUAAAAUAGGCUACGACAUAAUUAAUUUUUAAAAUGUCUCCGAGGAUACUUUUAUCACUUUAUAUAUUAAAAUGAAAAUUUUAUUUUACACUUUUCAUUAAUUAAAAUAAAGUAUUAAACGUCAAAAAAACGAGCAAUGGCCACAAUGCUGCUUCUACCCUAUUUGAAUUUAUAUUUAAUUUAAAUAAAGUAGCUUGAGCUAAUAAUAACAAAAUCAAGGAGAUAUUACAUUUGUAUUUGUGAUUAUAUUUUAAGUAUUUAACAAGCUCAAUCAUAUGUAUAUAUAUAUAUAGAGUAAAGUAUAAAGUACACGAUACAUGCGACAUAACAUUGCGUCUGCGUUCCGACGUGUACUAGUAAUGCCGUCAAUACUCAGUACGUCGACGCUGAGGGAUAAACGUUCUGUUCUUACUCAGUAAAACGACGUAACGUCAACGUGAAAACGUGCUGACAUUUAAUUUACAUUUAUAUAUAUAUACAUAUAUUGUUUAGUCUUUCUCAUGUUGUUUAUAAAAAAUUACUAGCAAUUAAGAUAUUAAAUAAUUAGUGAAAUGCUUGAAUUUUACAAC